GAUGCCUUCUGCCUUGAGUCGAGGAUGAUUGACGCCAUUUCACUACUAUGCUUGCUACUUACUGCUACUACCGUUACGAAGCAGAGACAACGAGAAUAGAUGCUUGGUUUGCCGGAGCAGCCAGCCGUUGCUGAGAUGUAAAGUGUAGUGGGUCCCAUACAUAUGCCUCUCUCCCUCCCCUUCCCUCAAAACAGCAGAGCCAACCAACAAUUUCUUCGUCGUCUUCUCUCUCUCUCUCUCUCUCUCUCUCUCUCUCAAGGCUAAAAUUAAAGCCACCAAACUAUCAACCUGCAAUUCCGGUCGAUCUUUUCUCUUUACCUACGAAAUGACGUCGAAGCAGACUUAUAGGGUUUGCUUUUGUUUUCGCCGAAGGUUUAAGCAGUCAGCAGCUGAAGCUCCGAAGGAGAUUAAGGACCUGUUCAACGCAUACUCGGAAAAUGGUAUCAUGACCGCAGAACACCUCUGUAAAUUCCUGGUCGAGAUUCAGGGAGAGAAGAAUGCAACCACGGAGGAUGCAGAAAACAUCAUUGAUAGUCUGAGAGAGCUCAAGCAUCUUAAUAUCUUCAGGAGGGGCAUCCAUCUCGAGGCCUUCUUCCGCUACCUAUUUGGCAAUAGCAAUCCUCCUCUCUCGCCUUCUCUCGAGGUGCAUCAUGAUAUGACAGCCCCAUUGUCCCAUUAUUUCAUAUACACAGGGCACAAUUCCUAUUUAACUGGGAAUCAACUUAGCAGUGAUUGUAGUGAUGUUCCCAUAAUAAAGGCACUGCAGAGAUGUGUUAGAGUAAUCGAACUAGAUAUAUGGCCAAAUUCCACAAAGGAUAAUGUGGAUGUUCUUCAUGGAAGGACAUUGACAACCCCGGUGGAACUCAUAAAAUGUUUGAGGUCUAUCAAGGAGCAUGCCUUUUAUAAAUCUAUAUUCCCUGUGGUCAUAACUCUAGAAGAUCAUCUUACUCCAGAUCUUCAGGCUAAAGUAGCUCAGAUGCUCACACAAACAUUUCGAGAUGCACUUUUUACCCCUGGGUCAGAAGGUCUAGAGGAAUUCCCCUCACCAGAAUCAUUGAAGCAACGAAUUGUCAUCUCUACAAAACCACCGAAAGAGUACCUUCAAGCCAAGGAAAAGGAAAGUGAUUCACAGAAGGACUCUGCUGAUGAAGAAAACUGGGGGAAUGAAGUCAAUGACCUUAAAGUUGGACUUCAAGAUAUUGACAAGCAGAAUGAUUCAGAUGAGGGAGACAAUGAGGAAGAUGUUGAUGAUGGUGAUCACAAAUUACAGCAGAAUACAGCUCCUGAAUAUAGGCGUUUAAUUGCAAUUCAUGCUGGCAAACUCAAGGGUGGAUUAGCUGGCUUGUUAAGGAUGGAACCCAACAAAGUCAGACGUCUUAGUUUGAGCGAGCAACAGCUUGAAAAGGCUGUUUUAACUCGUGGAGCUGAAGUUAUCAGAUUCACUCAGCGGAAUCUAUUGAGGGUAUACCCAAAGGGUAUACGCGUUGACUCAUCAAAUUACAACCCAUUACUUGGGUGGAUGUAUGGAGCUCAAAUGGUUGCUCUUAACAUGCAGGGAUAUGGCAGAUCCCUCUGGUUGAUGCACGGAAUGUUUAGGGCCAAUGGAGGAUGUGGUUAUGUGAAAAAACCUGAUUUUCUACUGAAUGCUGGUCCACAUAAUAAGGUUUUUGACCCCAAGGCAAAAUCACAAACGAAGAAAACUUUGAAGGUUAGAGUAUACAUGGGGGAAGGAUGGAAUUAUGAUUUCAAGCGUACACAUUUUGAUGCAUAUUCUCCACCAGACUUCUAUACUAGGGUCGGGAUCGCUGGAGUUCCAGCUGAUUCAGUAAUGAAAAAAACAAAGAUAAUUGAGGAUAACUGGACGCCAGUUUGGGAUGAGGAAUUUACAUUUCCAUUGACAGUUCCUGAGAUGGCUUUACUUCGCAUUGAAGUUCACGAGUAUGACAUGUCUGAAAAGGAUGACUUUGGAGGCCAAACUUGUCUGCCUGUAUCAGAAUUGAGGACAGGGAUCAGAGCAGUCCCUCUGCAUAACCGCAAAGGGGAGCAGUACAAAUCUGUAAAGCUUCUUAUGCGUUUUGAUUUCAUUUGAUUUUAUCUCUCUUUGUGUGUGUGUGAAUAUGUAUGUGUUUGCAUGCAGUGGAUCAGACUUGAUUUGUAAUCUUAUUAUGAUGUCUCAGUUCAUUGUCCUGAAUUAUAUAAGAAGGCUUGUUCUACAGUUGGGUGUCUAUAUUACUUUGCCUUUUUCAUUCCAAUAAAUUCUUUUCGAUCACCGGUUCA